GCCAAUACUUGUUUUUUAUUCAAAAAAUUUUAAAUAAUAAGUCACAAAAAAGUAAGCCGUGUAAAAAAUUGCACAGUGUAUAUUUAGCAAAGAGGGGGUGUAAAACAAAACAAAUCUACCAUGGAAUUCAAAGAGGGAAAGAUUAGACUAAAUGUUCAACACCUCGUGGCGGUUUUACCUUCAGAGGAACAUAAUAAAUAUUUACACAAAUUUUUGGAGAAACAGAGUAUAAAUGAAAAAGAUGUGCAAGCCCUUCUGAAGUUCUUAAGUCUCUCACUGUUGGAGGAAAAUUUGACUAUACCCAUAGCGGUGGCUUUUGAAGAUUGCUUGUUGUUGUUGCUAACAAACGCUUUGGACGAGUGCAGUGAUAACGGUGUAAAUAACCGUAAUGAUCUUAAGGGAGUUGCUUUUCAUGACUACCAAAAGAAGGCCAUAGCCUUGGCGAAACUCAUGCACAUGUCUUUGUGCGUCAAAAGAUACGCUUUAUCAUAUUUCUCCAAUAAACCACCUAUUUUUGCUAAAUCUAAUGAUGCUUCAGACAAAAGUGUUGCUGCCAAGAAAUCCAGAAAUGACGAAACAACAAAACAUCCCAACGAGAUGGAUAUAAUCAAAUGCUGCUAUCGUCUGCUAACAGCCAAUGUGGACUACUUUAAAGAACUUUGGAACUGGUCGGAUUUUCUUGAAAGCUAUGCAGAUAUGGUCCAUGAUAAACCCUCAUUGUUAAAGCUCUAUGUAAAUCACAUAAUAGCCUUGCUUACAAAUAUGAGUGCCUUAAAAUUGCGUGCCCUUAAUGCCCAUAUACCCGAAAAGUUGAUAAUCGAAUUUGAGGACGACAAAAAUUUACUCAAGUUUAACAGAGAAAAUCAUAUGACCAAUGCCACUAUAGCUACAACUGCUGUUUCCUCUGCGAGCACAUUGUUUGUGAACAUAAACGCUUCGUUGGUCACCAAUAUUGAGGGGGUGCUUUUGCCAAUUUACAAUAAGAAUAAUUAUGAAUUUUAUUCCAAAACGGAUGGUCUGCAUGACAAAAUAGUACGUGUUGAUUCAACCAAGGUCAAUUUGCGUAGCAUUGCUCUGGGCACGACAGUGGGCAAAGCUAUUUGCUUAUCUGGUCCCGUAGGUUGUGGUAAAACCACACUUGUCGAAUACCUGGCACGUAAGACUGGUCGAAUAUGUCCAAAACUUCAUGAAUUGGAAAAUGAGCACAAUCAAUCUAGUGAAGUCUUCAAGGAAAAUAAACAAAAUGGCAGUGAAAAUGUACAAAAAAUUGGAAAUAAACGUAAAACGGAAAUCGAUACCCUAAAGGGAAUGUAUGAUUCAUUGAAAGCAGCUCAACAGCAAAUGAUGGCACAAAACGGUUUUGUACGUGUCCAAUUGGGUGAUCAAACCGAUUGUAAAACUUUGUUGGGUCAAUAUCAUUGUACAGAUGUACCUGGAGAGUUUGUGUGGCUGCCGGGGGUACUAACACAGGCUGUAAUGAACGGAUAUUGGUUACUAUUAGAGGACUUGGAUAGUGCCACUACGGACACUUAUACCGUUCUAAGUGGUUUGUUGGAGAAUCAGUAUCUUAGCGUGCCGGGCUUUCGAGAUUGUGUUAAAAUAGCUCCAGGCUUUCAGUUAUUUGUCACCGUAAGAAAUAAUAAAUCAUCUUCGAAUGCAUCGCAGAAAGCCCUAUUCUCAUUGCUGGAAAAGUAUCUGUACAUCAUUAACAUUUUACCAUUGUCUCGAAAUGAAUUGUGCAAGGUGGUCAGCAGCAACUACACGAAACUGUCGACGGUGGCCAAUCGCAUUGUUGAUGUGUUUCUCACAUUUUCCAAAGGUGAUCACCAUGUGGCGGAUAAUCUACGCCAGCAGGAAACCGAAGAUAGGGCAAAUAAUACCGAACAGUAUCUACAAUUGCCGCACGAAGAAGUCAAUCUGAGUACAGUUACCAAUUCGGGACGUUUGGUUUCCACUAGAGACCUUAUCAAACUGUGCCAAAGGUCUAAUCCGGUUUUCUCGGUUACCAGCACAGAAUGUGCCUAUUUUGUAUUCCAAAAUGCUGUGGAUAUAUUUUGCUCAUAUUUGCCCCAUAGCAAAGAGAAGACAAAGCUUAUUACGAGCAUUGGAGCAAAAUUGGGGAUUAUACAGUCGCGUUGUGAACACUUCGCCGAGGAGUAUAAACCGGAGAUACAACUGCAAGCCGAUCGUAUAAAAGUGGGCCGUGCCGAACUGUGUUCACGAAUAGCCAUGCAGGAGACAUCUUCGGCUGUAGAGCGGGUAGAGGAGCAGGCCUUGAAACGUUUCAAAAUGUCACAUGGUUCUGAAAAAUCAAUUAAAGCCAGCCAAAAGAAAGCUGCUACGUUUUCCUUUACCCGUUUGGCGGCUUGCUUGCUGGAACGUGUGGCUGUGUGUGUGGCCAAUGCUGAACCCAUUCUGCUGGUGGGUGAGACCGGUGUGGGCAAAACUUCGUCUGUGCAAUAUUUAGCCGAGAGAACCAGACACAAGCUGGUGGUUAUCAAUAUGAACAAUCAGUCGGAUGUAUCCGAUUUGGUGGGUGGUUUCAAACCUGUGGACCUAGCCUGUGUCAUAGCUCCACUUAGAAGUGAAUUUGAGAUUUUAUUCCGCAAGACUUUCAAUCAAAUGAAAAAUGAAGCCUUCCUUUCCAAGUUCAGCAUAUGUUAUAAUCAAGGCAACUUCGCUGUGGUAGUCAAACUGAUGCUGAAAAUUGUCCACUCAGUAUUCGAAAAGUCCGAACGUAAUGAGUUGAGAGACAAAGACUUGCUGCUGCUCCCCCGCUGGCUAGACUUGAAGAUAAAACUGCAGAAACUGAACAAUCAGCUUAACAAAUCGAUAAAUAUAUCGUUCGCCUUCAUACCGGGAUCGCUGGUGAAAUGUAUUAAAAAUGGUGACUGGGUCUUAUUGGACGAAAUCAAUUUGGCCUCCGCUGAAACUUUGGAAUGUCUGUCAACAAUUUUGGAACCUGAUGGCUCGGUGGUAUUGUUGGAAAAGGGGGAUUUUAUUCCUGUUAAGAGACAUCCAGAUUUUCGUAUAUUUGCUUGCAUGAAUCCAAAUACGGAUAUUGGCAAAAAGGAUUUGUCCGUGGGCAUUAGAAAUCGUUUCACCGAAUUCUUUGUGGAUGAAGUCUCUACCGAUGCCGACUUGAGUCUUUUGAUAUCCGAUUAUCUCAGUGCCACUGGUAUUCAAAAGAAAAGUGUCAUGAACAUAGUGAAGCUGUACAAACGUCUCAAACAAUUGGCCAAAUUGGAACUCAAUGAUGGCCUGGGCAAUAAGCCAGUGUAUUCGCUGCGUACCCUUUGCCGUUCCCUUUGUAUAUGUGCGAAAAAUCUUUGUGGGUCCAUUGAGCGUAACCUCUAUGAAUCUUUCUGCUUGAGUUUCCUUACACAACUUGAUCCCCAGUCCCACAAUGUGGUGGAGCAUUUAAUAAAAGAGGCUAUGCUGAGUAAUGCCAAGGCCAUAUUGGGUCAAGGUAUACCAAAACCCGGAGAGAAUUAUCUCAAUUUUGAGGGAUAUUGGAUACAAAGGGGGCCCAAAGAAGAGUUGGAGGAAUGUAGCAAUUACAUACUGACACCGAGUGUCAAAGAUAAUCUCAGGGAUCUUGCCCGCAUUAUAUCAAUAGGAAAAUUGCCCAUACUGCUUCAAGGACCCACCUCGGCGGGCAAGACCAGUUUAAUUGAUUAUGUGGCCCGACGCAGCGGCAAUCAUUGUUUGCGCAUCAACAAUCACGAGCACACAGAUUUGCAGGAAUACAUUGGCACAUAUACGGCCGAUGUGUCAGGAAAACUUUCCUUUAAGGAAGGUGUCUUGGUGCAAGCCAUGCGCAAUGGCUAUUGGAUCAUUUUGGAUGAAUUAAAUUUGGCCUCCACCGAAAUUCUGGAAGCCCUCAAUCGUGUUUUGGAUGAUAACAGAGAACUUUUCAUACCGGAAACUCAAACAGUGGUUAAGGCACAUCCCAAUUUUAUGCUGUUUGCCACACAAAAUCCCCCCGGUCUAUAUGGAGGCCGCAAAACUCUGUCAAGGGCCUUUAAAAAUCGUUUCAUAGAACUUCACUUUUCCGAAAUACCACGCAAUGAAUUGGAAAUCAUUUUGGAAAAGAAAUGCCUUAUCCCGCCCUCGUAUGCCCGUAAAAUGGUUGCGUGUAUGAUGGAUUUGCAGAAAAAUCGUAAGACGACUACGAAAAAUGUUUUCACUUUGCGCGAUCUCUUCCGAUGGGGCAUACGCUACACAUUGGCCGAUAAGAAACUGCUAGAGGACAUCAAAUACGAUUGGAAUCAGCAUUUAAUUGAGGAGGGCUACUUGGUCUUGUCGGCCAAAGUGCGUACCCCCAUUGAGAUCGAAAUAAUCGAGGAGGCCUUGUACAAGAACUUCAGGAAACGCAUUGAUUUGUCGCGACUGUUUGAUGCUGCUGGAGAUGCAACGCAAAAAUCUCCUGUAACCAGGAACAUUAUAGAAGCGAUACAGAAAUUCACACAUCGCACAGAUAUUGUGUGGACACGUAACAUGUCGAGAAUGGCAGUUUUGACCGCGAAGGCUUUGCAAUUCGAUGAGCCAGUGCUCCUGGUGGGACCGACCGGAUGUGGCAAGACCACAGUUUGUCAAAUAUUGGCCGCCAUACGGGGUGUUCAGUUGAGAAUACUUAAUUGCCAUAUGCACACAGAGGGUGCGGAUUUCCUGGGAGGACUUAGGCCUUGCCGCAACCAUGGCACGGUUGACAAGGAGGGCAAACCAGUUGGGGGUGAGGCCAAAAUUUUCGAAUGGACUGAUGGCCCUUUGAUACAAUGCAUGCAAGAGGGCUCUUACUUCAUGGCCGACGAAAUGUCUUUGGCGGAGGAUUCCGUUUUGGAGCGUCUGAAUAGUGUGCUGGAGCCCGAACGCACCGUAUUGCUGGCCGAGAAAGGCGGUUUAACCAAAUCCAAUUCCGAUGCGGAAAUAGUCACCGAAUUUGUGGUUAAAGCCCAGCCUGGUUUCCAGUUCUUGGCCACCAUGAAUCCUGGCGGAGAUUUUGGUAAGAAGGAACUUUCCCCAGCUUUGCGAAAUCGUUUCGCCGAAAUCUGGUGCCUGCCCUCAGAUUCCCGCGAAGAUCUCAUACAAAUAGCCAGCAAUUGUAUACUGAACGAACAAUGCCACCUGCACUUGGAUAAAAUGGAGGUCGAGCGCAUAGCCAAAUUCAUAAUCGAUGUUGUUAUGUACAUGAAGCAGUGCAUAGACAAAUUCAAGUACUCGGUACGUGAUAUUUUGGCCAUGGCCAACUAUAUGGUGCGUAAUAGCCAGCUUAGUUUUCCGGAAAAAUCGGUCUUUGGUUUGGAGACCAUCUUUUUAGAUGCCUUGGAAAUGUUGACCAAUGAAAGUUUGGACAAGGUAGAACAUUUACGCACUAACAUUUUGGAAUAUGCCAUAAAACAGGCAGACAUGAUACUGCAUGAGAAAUUCACCCUAAGCCAGUUGAGGGAAAAGAAGGGAACCGCUGUGGAGUAUACAACCGACAAUAGAUUUGGCAUAAAACCAUUUUUCAUUGAAACCAAUCUGACCUCACAGGGAGAGGUCAGCACCAAGGGUCAAGAUUUCCUCUUCGAUGCUCCCACCACCAAACAGAACCUGUUCCGUCUGUUAUCGGCUUUGUCGCUGCAAAAGCCCAUAUUGUUGGAAGGUCCCCCCGGUGUGGGCAAGACCUCCAUUGUGGAAAAUGCAGCUCGUGCCAUUGGCUAUAACAUUGUGCGCAUAAAUCUGUGCGAACACACCGAUUUAGCUGAUCUCUUUGGCACUGAUCUUCCGGCCGAGGAUAAUAUUCUCAACACCAGCCAAACGAGUCAACGAAAAACCCCUCAAAUCGGUUCGUUUGUAUGGCGAGAUGGUCCCUUGCUGGCCGCUUUAAAAUCUGAUCACACAUGGAUUCUUUUGGAUGAAUUGAAUUUGGCCCCCCAAUCGGUUUUGGAAGGCCUCAAUGCCAUUUUGGAUCAUCGUGGUGAGGUGUACAUACCCGAACUCAACAGAACCUUUUCUCUCAACAAACAGACCAGGAUUUUUGCAUCCCAAAACCCUCUAAAGCAAGGAGGAGGGCGUAAAGGCUUGCCCCAGUCCUUCUUGAAUCGCUUCACCAAGGUGUAUGUAAGGAAAUUGACCACCGAAGAUUUGUUGCAUGUCGUAGAAGGCAAAUAUGAGGCACAUUUUGAUAAUUUGAAACAGGCCUUCAUCAAAACUUUGCCAGGGACUUGGGUCGGAGGCAAUUUAUUCCACAUCUAUAAAAGCAUACGCAGCAAUCACUUGGAAGGCAGCCAAAUAUCGAAAAUAACUUUUGAUUUAUCCCUACGCAUGGUGGCUUUCUCGGAAACUUUGGAUCGUGGUAUAACCACCAUGGAAUUUGGCUACAGAGGAGGGCCCUAUGAAAUUAAUCUACGUGAUAUUCUACGUUGGUGUGACCUCUUGAUAGGUACCCAAACAGGCUUCACCAUACAAUAUCAGCGCAAUUUCCAACAAAAUUUCGAACAUUUUCUGCUUGUCACAUACGAACGCAUGAAGUUGGUCUACUACCAGCGCAUGCGUUGCGACCAGGACAAGCAAUUUAUUCGCCGAGCAUUUGCUAAUAUCUUUCAGUGCGAUGCAGAGCGCCUUAAUGAAAUCUCGGAGGAUAUUAGUCUCUAUUGGACUCCUGAGAAAAUGUAUAUUAAUGAUAUAGUACUACAGCGUGAUUCAACGGGGCCUUUAAGCUCAUCCAAAAAUGGGGAAUCAACGCCUAUACUAUUGGCUUCACAACGUGAAAUGCUAAAGAAUGUCAUCGAAUGUGUGCAUAUGGAAAAGCCGGUUCUCUUGUGUGGCCCCACCGACUCGGGCAAGACGAAACUUAUUGACACUCUAUGUUGUCUAUCGAAUCAAGUCUGCAAUACGGAUAACAUUGACGAUUCCGUAACGGGUAGUUUUCAACAGAUUGAUUUAAAUCGCCAUUUGGAGGAAAUAUCUCAAAAGGUGGAAAACAUUUACUUACAUUAUAUGCAAGAGGCCAUUUCGAAUGAGUCCAGCUGCAAGAAAAUGUUACUCGAUGUCUAUAAUUCAUGGAGCAAUUUCAGUACUUUAUCCAAUGCCAAAUGUGAAUUUCAAAAUAAAUCUGUAGUAUCCGAAGAAUUGGCCAUCUACCGCAAGAGAAUUGCUAAACUAAAUCAUACCAUAGAAAAACUUUGUCAAUGCCUUUCAAGGAACAAGGAAACUUUGAGUAGCCUAAAAAGCCUACAAAACAUGUUGCAUUUACUGAGAGAGCAUGUGGAAAAUGCGGACACUUUAAAUACGGGUGGAUAUUUUGAAUGGGUCGACUCACAAAUAGUGAAGUCUCUCAAGUGUGGUCAGUACAUUGCUUUGGAGCAUGUUAAUCUAUGCUCAUCUGCUGUGUUGGAUCGUUUGAAUCCUGUGUUUGAGCCAAAUGGUUGCCUAAUGAUAUCGGAAAAAGGUGUCUCUGCAGAAAACGAACUUACAGAGGUUGUAACAAAGUCGCCCAAUUUCAGAGCCUUUCUUACCAUAGAUCCCAAAAAUGGAGAAUUGUCCAGGGCCAUGCGUAAUCGUUGUGUGGAAUUGUCUUUGACAGGCAAGAGCUCUUUAGAUUUGGAUGACAAACGUUUACUGGUCUAUUAUCAAGGCAUACAUGAUAUUGAUGCCAUCAACAGUCUAAUUACCAUACAUGAUCGUAUUUCCAAUUUAACGGAAAUUAAUGGAUUUUCCGUAUCUCAUUUAACACAAAUGGCCUAUCUGGCUGCUUCUUACAAACGCAUUGGCUACACAUUACCCAAAGCACUAUAUGUAAGUGCCAUGGAAGUAUAUGUUUAUUCGGCCAAUGUGGACUUGAUGGGCUAUGGUUUAUCCUACUACCAAAAUAAGCUACGUGAAAUUGUGGCCGAGGAAACGCAAAAGUUUGGCAACAUACACCAAGUCCAACCAGGCGACGAGGAUUACUUACAACAUGUUCUAUUGAAUUGCAAUAGCUUAAGCGAGACCUCCAUUAUAAGACUGCAGUUGGUGCCCUUGCGUAUAGCGCUGAAGAAUAAAAAUGGCACUAGCGAUCAGUUAAAAUAUGCAUUGGAACGAGUGUUUUCCGAUUUCUCCAAGAUUAAUUUAGAAAAUAAUGACAUGGAAGUUUUAGUAAAAUUUUUAAUUUACAUGGUCUACGAAAGCAGCAGCAUGAACGAUUUGAAGAUGCGCCAUUUGCUGCUGCUGCAAGAGUUGUUUCAACAUCAAACAGAAUACCAAAAACUUGCCAAUGAUCUUUAUAUGACCUUUGAGAAUGUUAAGCAGGAUUUGACAUCUAUUUGCCCGCAACUGCCUUGGAAUUCAAAAUUAUUUCCACGCAUACGAGACUAUACUGACGACAUUUUGAUAAAAUUGGAAAUCAAAUCUUUGGCAAUUAGUACUUCGCUUGUGGUUCAUACAUUUUUGAAGGAUAUCCCGCACGAGAAGUUUGGAAAACUAACCAACAUUGAUGCUCUUACUUAUUCCCAGGCGGUGGCUGUAAACACCAUAACGGAUAAAUUGAAUAAUGAUUUCCUAAAAUACCUCUCCACCUGCUUGGAUCAACUGGAAAUUGUUCUAAAGACCGACUUGUUUCGGGCACAAAUUACCAUGGAUUCCUUUAUCUCAAUGCAUACCUGUGUGCUUUGGUUUAAUCGCCUUUUGGAGACUUCCCAAAAUAAAGUUUUUCUAAAUAAAGAGCUCAAUGGUCAUCUAUUGGAUAAACUUGUUUUACAUUUCAAGUGGAUGGAUAAAAAGUUGAUAAAACAAUUAAAGGCCAUAUUACCAAAAAAUGUUUCCGCUGGAUUCGAGAGCAGUUUACAAAAGCUAUAUGAGUAUGUGGCCAGCGUAAAACAUCCUUUAAAUAUUGUGCGCAAACUCUAUGCAAAGGAAAUGAUUCAAUUCCAACCAUUUUAUCGCGAGGAACAGAUAAAACUCUACAACUUUGCCAAACAAAUGGACCAUUUACUGCAGAUGAUACCACAAUAUGGUAGUUUCUCGGCAGAUGAUGUGGCCAGGAAAUUUUCUUGCAUUGCUUCUGAUACCACACGCAAAUUGUACGCCCUUUUGCAGCUUUUCUAUACGGCACAUGAUUUUUCGAAAUUCCAAGAAAUCAAAAUUAAUGUUAGCCAAGGCAAGCAUCUAAGGGAGGAUAUUGAAAAGGAAUUACAACAGUUUAUAGGCAGUCUGAACAAGGAGGUCAUGGAAAUGCCGGUCAUCACCACAGAAGAUUGUGAGAGCAUCCAGCAGGAGCUGGAGUGUUUGGCACAAAUGUUAAAUGUUGCCAAUCCGGAUGAAAUGCAGAUAGAUAGGAUUUUGGAAAGGCCCAAAGAGGUGGAAUUAUUGCUUUUGAGCUUGAGGGAAUACUUCCUGAUAAAAUAUCUUAGAACAAAUCUACAAAAUCCUUCAUUGAAAGAUCAGGGCCCUUUGAAUGCGGAAUACUGUGAAGAAAUUAACACUCUAAAUAAUAAUUCUAGGGCAUUGCUUGCCAUUAUGACUUCGAUUGAUUAUAGGGCGUAUCGUGGCCUAUGGUUUAAGCUCAAUGAGACGCUUAGUACUUCCAACGAUAUGGAAUCUUUAGUCAAGUACCUUAACGGUGGCUAUCGACAGUUCUCUUCCAUGAAUCGCAUACUCAACAAUACUUUUUGUCAAUUACAAUUUGGCAGUUUAAGUUCACGCGGCAAUUUUACAUCAGUCUUAAGAAACAACGAAGACAUACAGAGCAUAAAUGGCUACAAUGGUGCUACAGUCAUAAAUGUCAUAUGCGAUUUGCUGUUAACCAAUGAUGGAAGUUUCAGGUCGGUGCCUCUAUGUGAUUUGGAUUUAUGGAAAAAUUCCUUGGAGUGCUUAAAUCAAUUGUUGUGGCAUAACACUAUGCUGAUGACACCUGCCCAUUGUGACCUUUACAACGAAGGCAGGUCUGCGUUGGAAAAGGCCAAACGUUUAAUAUUGGAGAUAGAAUAUAUCACAAAACUGAGAGCCGCUUUGGAGGAGCAAAACGAUAGCUCCCCUUAUAUGGAAGGUUUUCAAAAGUUAGUUGCGAAACUCAGAGGGCAUGUGUUGCAACAAAAAAGCUCGCCAGCAGCUGGUGUGCAUGUGUCCUUAGUGAAUCAAAGCAGGGGUUAUGAAACCUCAUUGAUCAACACUUUGGUGGGAGGCAUUGAGUUGUGCCUUCUAACAUUUACCCCUCUCAUCGAUCCAGUGGAAAAGAGCCGUUUGAAGAACAAAUAUCUAUUGGAAGACAUUGCCACCUUGAAGACCAUGACAUUGGCUUAUGAUUUCCUUAGAAUACCCAUGAAAUAUAAACAUUUGGGUGAGGAGAUCUAUGCUGCAUUGCAAGCCAACAUAGGGGAAUUGCAACAAAAACAACUCAAGUAUAAGGAGAAAGUAGCCUUAAGACCUACCGCUGACAAAUGUCUAUACACCAAUUUGGUCAAGGAUUUGGCCCAUUUCCUUAGCACAAACUGUGAACCAAAUGCCCUGUACAACCUUAUACAAGACAUACACCAUACAUGGUUGCAAAUGACAGAGAACUGCUCCAAAGAAGCCAUGCAUAAAACUCUGGAGCUUAGUGGAGAACUAUUGAACAAAAUCGAUUUGUGGAUUGCCAAUUCGCAACGUUUUGUUCAUCACAUUUUGAAACCUUAUGCGGCCUACUAUCAGGAUUUUGUACAACCCUUGGAAUGUUGCAUAAAUCAAUUGCGCCUGGGUUUUGAGGGUUUGAAAAAGGGUUUGGGCCAAAUAAAAAACGCUAUGAUGCCAUCCCAUGCCAACCAUCCCUCGGAGGUCAUCAAUAUCAAUGAGCAGGGCAAACUGCAUAGGGUAUUGGAAAAUAUCGUGGAAUUCCCGAGCAGGCGAACUCUGGCCAUUUACAAUGUCUCAUCUAGCAGGAGUAUUUUGCAUAAUCGUUGUCCCAUCUUUAGUGUUUUGGACAAAGUGCCAAAUGGCGAUGCAGACUAUUUCCAUUUGUUGAAGGCCAAAUUGCUGGAAUUAAAAAAUCGAGCCAACAUCUCCCAUGGCAUCGAUGAGCAGCUGUUCAGCGAAUUUGAUUUUGCCUUUAACAUUGUCAAUCAAAUAUGGCAGCAAGAGGAGGAAAGGCGUCGCCUCAAGAAAAAAGAAGAAGAAAGUUUGUAUACGACCAAAACCAAAUGCCAAGAUGAAGAUGAAGAAAUGCAAGAGCUGCAGGAAAUUGAGGCCAUGUUUCCCACCGGUCUGCAAGAAGAUUUUGGAGAGUUUGUGGAGGAGGACAACACACUGGAGAAGGUCAUGAAAUUGGACAAAGACAAAUUGACAAAGGACUCCAACACAUCCACUAUAGUUCGGGAUGAGGACUAUGCCUUCAUAGCCCAUAGCUUCAAUGAAAUACUCAUACAGUAUAGCCAAGCCUAUUAUUAUCCAAGCUUGAAGGUCUCGCCCGACAAUUUGGAAUUUGUGGACUACUACAAACACCGACUGAGGGUAUUUGCCAGAAUUUAUCAACACUACAAAUGCUCGGUGGAGGAAUAUUUGUCGGAGGCCACCUACAAUAGUUUGAGUUUCGGGGUAAGCCUGCAACAGGAUCAGUUGAGUGAGAGGUAUUUGCACAAAAUUCCCAAACCCCAAAGGCUUUACAAUUUCUAUAAGGAUUCCAAUGUGGGCGAAAUUUUGGAUUGUACCGAAGUCUUGGCCAGCAUUGAGGAGUGCAUAGAUGUAGAAUUGUCUUUGUAUCCGGAACAUGCCACCCUGUUGGAUAUCAAGCGUAUUAUCGCACGCAUACGUUUGCUGCCCUCUACGGCAUCGGUGGUGCGUUUCAAUACCGGCUUCCAGUUGCUUAGACAAAAGGUGGCCCAAUGGAAUGAGGUGGCCCACAAAAACAAUCACUUGAAACCCCAAGAGCAACAGAUAGCCGCCUAUGUUCAAAAAUGGACACGCCUGGAAUUGCAGUUCUGGCGCAAUUGCAUGUCCCAAACCGAGGAGAAGGUGGAAAAUAGUGCCUUCAAAUAUUGGUUCUUUAUCUACAAUCUAUUCCAAGAGUUCCUAAGGAAUUCAGAGGAAAUCGAUGCCUCUCUGGUGGAUAUGAAAAAGGCGGAAAAACGUUUCCAUGAUAUGGAGUCUGAGGAUCAGGAGGAUGUCUCAGUGAAAGGUGGCACUGCCAAGGUGGAUGUACCCGCCAUUGUACAAAUCUUAAGGCAGUUUGUGGAAUCUUCUUGCUAUGGCGACUUUGCAGUACGCCUACAGCUACUGCUCUCCUUCGAAUUGUAUUUGCACAACUCGCUACACUUGUGCCCGCAGGAACAUAGCAAUGACAGCAAAAGGCAACUGAUUUAUGGGCUGCGCAAUUUGCAAUUGUAUUUUGCCCAGUUCUCCAAGGACAUAGAAGAGCACCAGCGCUCCAUAAGAGCUCCCAUAGAAAAGAAGCUCAAGGAAUUGGUUAAGAUCGAAAGCUACAACAAGGAUUUGUCCUACUUCAGCAUGCGCAACAAUGUGGCUCGUGUUCAUCGUAAUUUAAAUAAGUUCCUCAAGGAGUAUGAGCAACUGCUGAGAGAGAAAAUCACUGCAGUCUUUCAGCCAAAGGAUGCCACUACCAAAGAUUACAGCUUGGCCAAUGACAAGGGUAAAGAUUUGCGUCAGGACUCUAGCAUAAAAUAUUGUCGGGUUGAUGCCAAAUACUAUGUGCUGCAACAGCGCCCUGCCAAAGCGGAGCAGGACAGCUGCAGCAAAGACUCAACGCUAUUGGCCAAGGUGCUGAAACUUUUCAAUACCUCCCGAAGUGUGGUCAAGGAAACGGUGACCAAUGCCGUCUAUCCCAAACUGGUAAUAGCUUUGGAUUCUUUGCUUAGCGAACAAUUGGAGAGAUGUGAACAUUUGAGAAAUCUAACAGUGGAUCGCUCCAAGGAGCGACCCAAACAAAUCUUGGAAGCCAAAUCCAUACUGCAACAAAAACGUAAAGGUCUAACCGAUCUCUUCAAAAUACUUUCCACCCUGGGAGUAAGCUAUAAGAGCGGUCUCUUGGAAUUAUCACUGCGUUCCGAGUUUGAGGACUUUGCGCUACAGCCUUUUUGUAUAAAGACAAUGCUCAGUAAUUUGGCGGCCAAGCGACUGCAACCCCAAAUACUGCAAUUGAAUGAGAAUCUUGAUCUGUAUUUCCAUAAAUGCGUGUUCAAGCUGAAACUCUUGCAGAACAUAAUGCUGACCCCACUCUCGGAAUUGGGUCCUCACAAUAUAGAACGCAUCAAGGGUUGUGCCAUCGAUCUCUUUCUAUUGGUACAAAAUCAGCGUCAACUAUUGGCCAACACAGUUAAACAAAUCUAUGACUACCACCGGAUUUUAAAACAACUCAAGGAGUUGGAUGCUUUAACAAACUCCACCCAACAAACGCUGCAGCUGUCCCAAGUGAAUUUUAGUGCCCUACGGGAUUCCCAUGACAUUUUAAAGGAGGCCUUUGUGCAGGUGCGUUACGUUUUUGAACAAUUCCAAAUAUUUUUGAAUUGCAUGCCCAAAAAGCAACAGCCGGAAAAUUGUCUCUUCUCCGAGUAUGUUAACACGCCACUGCUAGUGCAAAAUUCCGAACUCUGCCAAAACAUAACCAAUCACUGUGAAAAUAUUCUAAAACUGUGCAAAUCUACCCAAAAGGAAAUGCGCCAACAAGCCAAUGAAUUUGUGAAUGUCAACAAAUUGGAGGAAUACCGUCAAGCCUAUGUGCAAAUCAUGGAUUUCAUAGGCAAAGUUUUGGUUGGCUUACAAACCCCCUUGCAAGAGUUUGUGCCGCUGGCAAAACCCAUACAAGACUUGCAAGACUAUCUCCGCCGAAUACCACAUAUCAUGGAUCAAAUUCAUUCGCAGGCUGCAACAGUUGAUGAAAAUUUCGAAAAUCUUGAACCCGAAUUGGAGAAUAUCAUUCACUGCAUCCUAAUGGCAUUGCAAAAACUCUACAAGAAAUAUCCCUCAAAAUCCAACUCUGACGAUAGCGCCAGCAAUUCGCCCAACAAAAAAGAUCAACCGUCUGAGGAUGAACUGCAAGAGCAACAUUUGAAGGGCAAAGUUUAUGGCGAGCUGAAAGAUGAUUGGCAUUUAAUGAAUAUCUCGGCUCUUAACCAGAAAUUGGGCAAUAUCAUGUUGAUGCUGAAGUUGACACCAUCCUCGGAGCAGAAAAUCCAACACAUUCAACAGGUGUUGAGUGUGCAGCCGCUUUUGGAACAAUUCAAUUUAAUAGCCGAGUACUAUCUGCUACAGCAAUUGGCUGCCCACAAGAUAUCCCUAAAGAUGCUUCUAAUCAUCUUGACAGUCUUUGUUGAAAUUGGCACUAAGGGCUUUUGUGUGCCCCAGGAUCUGAUGCAGGACGAGGAGGGCGAGAAGAAAAAAGAUCAAAAGGAGGGCGAGGGCUUUGGUUUGGAAGAUGGCACUGGGGAAAAGGAUGCCUCCGAUAAAAUAGAAUCCGAAGAUCAAUUGGAUGAUGCCAAACGGCCGGAGGAUCGCAAAAAUGAGCCAGAAAAGGAUGAUCAAACCGAAUGCAAAGAAGAGAAGGGCAUAGAAAUGAGCGAAGAUUUUGAGGGUAAAUCAGAGAAGCUGGAUAAGCCCGAGGAGGAUGACAGCGGUGAGUCUGAAGAGGAGGAGGAAUUGAACAAAGAAAUGGGCGAAACCGAAGAGGGUGCCGAUAAAUUAGAUGAACAAAUCUGGGGCGACGAUGAGGACGAAGACCAGCAACAAGACGAAGAGGAGGAUCUUGAUCAGGAACAGGAUGGCAAAGGUUCCAAAGAUGAAAAGGAUUUGCACAACGAUUUGAAUUCCAAAGAAGAUAAGGCCAAUGAAAACGGCCCCGAAGAUGAAGAAGAUAAAGGCCUAGAUGCCACCGAUGAUCCCAAUGAAGAUAAGCGCAAAAAACAAGAAAAAGACAUAGACAACAUGAAGGAACCCGCGGAAGAGGAGAGCGAACAAACGAAUCCUUAUCACAAUGAGUUGGAGGAACCUCCAGAACCGGAAGAUUUUGAUUUGGGCGAUAUGAAUAUGGAUGACAAGGAAGAAAACGAAGAAGACCCAAGGGGUGAGCAAGAGAAUCCCUUUGAUAUUGAUGCCAUGAAAGAGAAUAUGACCGAGGAAAAUCAAGAAAACGAUAAAGAGGGUGAACAGGAGGAAGGCGAACAACAAGAGGAGGAAAAUAAAAACAACGAGGAAGAGGACAGUGAUUCGGAUGACGAUCAAAAUACCUUGAAGGAAAAUAAAAAUGCUGAACAAACCAACGAGGAAGAGGAACAACAAGACGAAACCAAAGAAGAAGAGGAGGAGGUGGAACAGCAAAAACGUGGUGAUUUCAAAGAUGAGCAAGAAGAAGAAGAAAAAGAAAAGGCAAGCGAAGAAGAAGACCCCAAUAAUAAAGAGGAAAAAGCCGAAAACUAUGAACCUUCAAAAGAUAAGAGUAGUAAAGAAGAAAAUGUUCAAUCUACACCGGACACAGACACCGAUGGCAGCAAGGAUCAACUGAAAUCAGAGCAAACAGAAAAAGAUAUUCAACAAGACCAAACCAUGGAUGAGCAGGAUACGGGAGAGGAAAAAGAUGGUGUGGGUCAAGCAGAAAAUGAGACUAGCGAUGGUGGUCACCAAGGUAUUGCCGAAACCAAGGAGACCAUCUCCCAGGAAGACCGAAAGAAUGACAAAAAUACCCAAGAAAAGCGAAGACAAGGCCAAACCAAUGAGGAAAGAACUUUAGGUGAAGCUGAGAAAAAUAAACUCAAACAAUUGAAAACCAUCGAUAAACUGAAUGACCAAAAGGAAGACAAACAGGACGCUGCCAAUGAUAUCCCCGAUGAGAGAGAUGUGGAAGCCGAUGAGUAUCAACAUGUCAAAGAUCCCAAAACUAGUGACAAAACCACUUUGGACAAUGCCACCGAAGAACAAUCAAAGCAAAUGCAACAUCUCGAAGACGAGGAGAAAAAGGACGAUGAAGAUCUCGAAGGGGAAACUAAUGAAAAUAUGGAUUUGGAUGAAAUGCCUGCUGCGGAGGAUGACAAAAACAAUGAGGAAGAGCUCAAGGAAAUGUCUGCUGAAAAAACGGAUAAGAAUUCGGAUAAACCUUCGAAAUCCGAAAAGACCAAUGAACGUGCCGAAACCCAAGAAGAAAUGGAAAUCGAGGGAGAGAUUGUACAAACGUCAACAGUGGCCAGGAGUAGCGAUACAACUGCACAUUGCAACAUGGACUUACUGGUCACUGAUAGCAGUCAGGUGGAAGAGAUGUCAACAGCCGAGACUUUGGAGUUAAGAAAACUAUAUCAGCAACAAGUCACCAGCCAAAAGCCGAAUGCUCCCAAUAACGAUGACUACGAGACGUGGCAGACAAUAACAAAUCGCAUGACACAAAAUGCCAGAGAUCUUUGUGAGCAAUUGCGCCUGAUAUUGGAACCAACCAAAUGUACCCGCCUCAAAGGGGAUUAUCGUACUGGACGUCGUAUAAAUAUGAAAAAAAUUAUACCCUAUAUUGCAUCACAAUUUCGCAAGGACAAAAUUUGGUUGAGACGCACGAAGCCAGCACAGCGUGAUUAUAAAAUCACCAUUGCCAUUGAUGACUCCAAAUCUAUGCAUCAUAAUAAUUCCAAAACGCUGACGCUGGAGGCGAUUUCAUUGGUAUCGCAAGCCUUAGCCCUACUCGAAAGUGGCCGACUAAGUGUGGUCUCAUUUGGAGAACAACCUCAGAUUUUGCUAAAUCACACGGAUCAAUUCGAUGGACCCAAAUUGGUGAAUUCCUUACAGUUUGCACAGGAUAAAACAAAAAUAGCGGGCCUGUUAGAUUUUAUACGAACUGUAAAUGCAGAAGAGGGUGCCCUGGGCGGUGGAAGCUCAGAUAAUGGCUUAUUUGAGAAUCUCCUGUUGAUUCUAAGUGAUGGACGCAAUAUUUACAGUGAAGGCAAAAUGAAGGUAAAAAAUUCCAUCAAAUUGGCUAGGCUGCAAAGGAUAUUCCUUGUUUACAUUAUCAUAGACAAUCCCGAUAAUAAGAAUUCAAUUCUUGACAUACAAACAAUGGAAAUGCUGCCCGAUAAGAGUAUUAAUAUCAAAUCCUAUUUGGACGAAUUUCCCUUUCCCUAUUAUGUUAUUGUAAGAGACCUUAAUCAGUUGCCUUUAGUCUUGAGUGAGGCCAUGCGCCAAUGGUUCGAAUUGGUCAACAGUGAGCAGUAGUAUAAGUAGUAGCAAAACAUAUAAAAUGUAAGCUUUUGUAUAUAUGUAUUUGUAUAAAGAAUAUAUCUAUAUUCUAUAUAUUAUUAUUAUUGGAAAUAUUAUAUAAAUAUGUAUGUA